AUGAAUGGUAGGGAGAGUAAGGAGACGAUAGUGUUGCAGGUGAAUGUACAAAGAAAGGGAGUGGCGAUGGAUGUGAUGUGGAAGACGGUGCAAGAGGAAGGAGUGAAUGUAUUAGUUCUGUUUGAACCAAAUAAAAAGAGAGUGAAAGGAGUAGAAUGGAUGACGGAUGUGGGACAAGAUGUAGCAGUGAGACUACUGUAUGGAUGCUAUAUAUCUCCUAAUACUGGUAUUGGGAGAUAUAGGAAGUUCCUGGAUGAUCUAACUGAAAGUGUGAGCAAAUGGGAGGGGGACGUGGUGGUCGCAGGAGACUUCAUUGCGAAGUCACCCCUGUGGGGCUCUCCCAUAACGAAUGAUCUGAGAGGUAGUUUGCUUGAGGAUUGGAUGUCAGAGAGGUGCAUGGUAUGUCAUAACUGCGGAAAUGCCCCCACCUUCCUGCGAGGUGCUCAGAAGUCGCACAUCGACCUGACCCUCAGCACGGAAGGGGUGGCUAGAAGAAUGAAAGAGUGGAGAGUGCUAGAACAGGAGAAUCUGAGCGAUCACCAGGACAUAGUAUGGGUACUGGGUACGACAGGAGAGUGUGAGAGAGGUGAGGACAGAAUGAAGGAACGGGGAUGGAGUGUGGCAGAAGAGAAGAUGGAAAGACUGGCUGAGGUGAUGAAGGAGAGGGUGAAGACAAUUGAUAAACGUAAGGAUCUGGUGUGUGAGACGAAGAGUGCAAGAGGAAAAGAAAAAGAGUGGAAGAGAGUGUGCGAGGAAAUAGAUAGGAAUGUGUGGGGAGAUGAAUACAAUAUAGUAACUAAAUGGAUGGGAAAAGGAAUGAGCGGUACUGCGUGUGGUGAAAAUGUAAUGGAGGAGGCCCGUAAGCUCUUUCCCGAGCACGGGCCUCUAGAGUGGCCGGAUCUGGUGGUGGACGUACAGGUGCCAGCCUUCUCCCCCGAAGAGCUGCAGGAGGCGGCCGGGAGGUUGAGGAAGGGCAAGGCGCCGGGUCCGGAUAAGAUACCACCAGAGGUAUGUAAGACAUAUGCCAAAGAAUGUGGAAAAGAAUGUCUGGAGGUCAUGAAUAGAUGUCUGGAGAAAGGGGUUGUUCCCAAAGAAUGGAAGGUGGCGAGACUGGUGCUGAUAGAGAAAGAAAGAAAGGAAGAAGAGAAUGCGAAAUAUAGGCCCAUCUGUCUGCUGAACGGGAUGGGCAAGCUGUACGAGGGAAUGUUGGCUGCGAGACUGAGGAACGACGUUCGGAGGCUCGGUGGUCUGGCGGAGACGCAGUAUGGAUUUAGGGCGGGACGAUCGACGCCAUGA